CCAAGGGCGCCCACGCCACAGCAGCUGCAGCAGCAGGUGCUGCCUCUCUGCAGUACCUGCCCCGCUACCUGCUCUGCUCCCCCUUGUGCCCCGAGCAGAUGCAGGAGCCCUGAGCACAGAGCCUCGGCACUGUGUGAGCACCAGCCCUGCCAUGGCCUGGCUGGGGAAUGCCGGGCAGGACGCCCUGGACGCAGGUGGGGACCACCCAGACCCGGGCCCUGCCGUGGGAAACACCAGCGCAGAGCCCCCCGGCACGACGCCCCCGGAGUGGGGCUGCGCCUGGAGCCCCCCCGAGGAGAGGGGCGAGGAGCCCCCGCGGCUGCCCACCUUCUCGCCGGCCGCCCAGGUGCGCGUGGCCGUCACCUUCGCCCUGUUCGCCCUCUCGGCCGGCUGCAACCUGGCGGUGCUGCGGGCGGUGGGGGGCCGGGGCAGCGGCCGGCGCCCCCACAUCCGCCUGCUGCUGCGGCACCUGGCCGCCGCCGACCUGCUGCUGGCCGUGCUGGUGAUGCCGCUGGACGCCGUCUGGAACAUCACGCUGCAGUGGCGGGCGGGCGACCUGGCCUGCCGCCUGCUCAUGUACCUGCGCCUGCUGGCCAUGUACGCCUCGGCCUUCGUCACCGUGGUCAUCAGCCUGGACCGGCAGGCCGCCAUCCUGCGCCCGCUGGCCAUCGCCCGCGCCCGCGCCCGCAACCGCGCCAUGCUGCACGCGGCCUGGCUCCUCAGCGCGGCGCUGGCCGUGCCGCAGCUGUUCCUGUUCCACACCAUCACCCUGCGCCCCCCGCACAACUUCACCCAGUGCACCACGCGCGGCAGCUUCCCCCGGGCCUGGCACGAGACCCUCUACAACAUGGUGGGCUUUGCCUGCCUCUUCCUGCUGCCUCUGCUCAUCAUGGUCUGCUGCUACGCGCGCAUCCUGCUGGAGAUCUCCCGCCGCAUGGGCUCGGGCCUCUGUGAGUGCCCACGGACACGGCCCCGUGCCCAGGGCAGGUCCUGCCUGGAGCUCUGUAGGGACCCCCAGCCCUCCCCCAGGGCACGGGGCCCCCGUCCCAGCCCCCCUUCCCCCACAGUCUCCUCGCAGGACGCGUCGCUGCGGUGCUCCAGGAACAACAUCCCGCGGGCCCGGCUGCGGAUGCUGCGCAUGAGCCUGGUCAUCGUCUCCUCCUUCAUCCUCUGCUGGACCCCCUACUACCUGCUGGGGCUCUGGCACUGGUUCUGCCCCCGCGCCAUGGAGAAGAGGAUCUCGCCGGCCCUCACCCACAUCCUCUUCAUCUUUGGCCUGUUCAACGCGUGCCUGGACCCCAUCACCUACGGGCUCUUCACCAUCCCCCUCCGGGGGGGCUGGGGGUGCCCUUGCAGGCACGGCCCCCUGGCCCAGCCCCCCUCCCCAGCCACCGGCUCCUUCCGCUGCUCAGCCUCCUCGCUGCCGCCCCAGCGGGGAGCCCCGGGGCUGCGCCGGCCCCGAGGGGCUGCCAGGGACCCCUCCUGCCACAGCAGCUCCCUGUGACACCAGCGGGGUGCUCAGGGCAGGGGGGGCUGGCAGCAGGGCGACCGGGUCAGCACAGGUCCGUGGGGAUGGUGUCACUGCUGCUCUCCCUGCACCCCAAAGUGCCCCUGCAGGCUUGGGGCGGGGGGCGUGCCCC